GAUAUCGAUAGCAAUAGCGCUACAUCACUGUGCUGUGCUAGUGCUGUGAUAAAUGUAAAGAUUUUUUCCUGAACAAGCAGUCACCGAUCCGGUUCGUUAACGGGACGACCCGUUUUUUGUUUAUGUAAUUAGUAAUAUUAAAUAUGUGGAUUCAUUUGGUUCCCGUAUGCGGCUGGUUGAUUCUGAGCACAACUGCUGACUUGAACAUUUCAGAAACAGAAAAAAUAUUAUUAGACUAUAUUGAUGCAAGCGCAGGAAGUACCACUAGAUCGAUCGUUCUAGAAAAUUUUCAAUUAUGUGAUCACGAAAACGGCGAUGAUGCAAGGUGUGUGAAGAAAUCACGCUGCGAAGAGGAAGCUCCCCCACUGGAUCCCGCGACGACAUUUAAAUACAGAGAAUUGGUCGAAGGUGGUUGCACAUACCUGCAGACUUGCUGCCCUGAAAAUAAAAUAAGGACCGAACCAAGGAAACCGAAAGUGGAGAAGAAACGUGGGUGUGGAUACAGCAACCCUGGGGCGAACAUCCUUCGAGAACUGAGUGAUAAAUAUGGAUACGCGGAUUAUGGGGACUUCCCAUGGAUGAUUGUCCUGAUGAAAAAAGGCAUACCCAAGGAGAAAUUUGAUAAAGCAUACAUCGGCGGUGGAACCCUCAUUGAUCCAUCCGUCGUGAUAACUGUAGCUCAUAAAGUGGACGAAAUUAGUCACAAUGACUUGAUUUGCCGCGCUGGUGAGUGGGAUACAAAAUCAGAGGAUGAAUCCUAUAAGCAUCAAGACAGAGAGGUGAAGAGCAUCGUUAUACAUAGUGAUUUUGUAAGGGCACACGCUCAUAACGAUGUAGCGUUGAUCAUUUUGAAAGAGCCGUUUGAUUUGGACGGAGCUCCUCACAUAGGGGUGGCGUGCUUGGAGCAGAAACUACCUAGCCCUGGAACGGAAUGUUUCAGUAUGGGCUGGGGCAUAGACUUCAUAAAUGGCGAGAAAUAUGCCUCAAUUCUUAAAAAGUUGAAACUGCCAUUGGUUGCGGCUGACAAGUGUCAAAAUUUCUAUCGGAACAGUCCAUUGGGUCAAUUCUACAGCUUGCAUAAGUCUCUCACGUGCGCUGGGGGAGAGGCUGGUGUUGAUACUUGUAUGGGUGACGGCGGGUCCUCCCUCGUGUGUCCUAUCGCUGACGAAUCUGGCUUACGAUAUUCCGUCGUUGGCAUGGUGGCUUACGGACGUGGCUGCGGAGUAGAAAAUCUACCAGGAGUUUAUGUGAAGAUACCGGAAGUGUACGGUUGGGUGUUUAGGGAAAUGGUAUUGCAAGGAUACAACGGGAAGUUAUUUGUCAGCUAGAAAUGUCAGGAAAUAUUGUCAUUUGAACCGUAAGAAGUACUGAUAAAUGUCAUUUUUAUAUGCUUAUAUCAUGAAUUAGAUUUGUGUAGUUGUAUAAAAAGUUUUUACAUAUCAUAUGUUGUCUGAUAACCAUAGAUUAUAUAAUUGAAAAAAAUGUGUAAAAUCCUAAGUCACGUCACGAGAAUUGAUGAAAACAUAACGUACUUACAAUAACGAAUCUUACGCUGACGUCAUCUGACGCUAGAACACUCAGUAAGCCCCUACCAUGUACCGAGCGCUAAUAUCAAUUCUAUAUUUAUUUCUUUAUUUACAAAAUAGAAAUAAACAUUACAGGCUUAACCUAAAGCGUUUACUAACUUAAUUAAUACAGUUUGUAUGUAUUACGCUGCCGUUUUGCGAAAUACAGCAUGAUGAGUUAAACAAGUCGAGGCUUGGAUUAAAAUAUGACAGAAUACCUUGUGGGGGUUUCCUGUCACAAGAGGAAACUCCACUCCCAGGGAGCAAGUCUACGUCAGUCCUGCCAGUCAGUUAUCACUAUCAACUUUGAUCUUCGUGAUUGUUUGAAUGUUAUAGUUUAGUGGAAUUGGAAUGAUCAUGUCAUCUUUUAUUUAAUAAAUAACUUUAAUCUA